CAUUAAAUAUAAAAAUAGCACAGAUUUUAAAACUUUCAAGGAGAAAUAAAAGUAACGACUAUAAAAAAAUGCGAAUUCCACACACAAUACCAAAAACAACUUUCGAAGCCUACAGAUGUUCAUCAGAGACAAUUUCACUGCCUCGUGAGGAAAAUAGGACACUUAGAGGAGAAAAUGAAUUUUGGAAUGAGAACAUUGUACCUGAAUUGAAGGUUCUUUCGUUAAAAGUAAUUGUUCAAGAGUGGGAGAAAAAUUCAAUUUUACAGAAUCUUCCGACUUCCGAGGAUCGAGAUCAUUUACUCGAAUUACUUCCCACUAAUCUACCAAUUAAAUUAAUUAUCAAGGAGAUACCAUACGAAUACUAUUGGGAACGUGCCUCUAAAGCUAGAUGGGAAUUCAAUAAUCUUGUUGAACAUGGAAAUUCAUGGCGUCAACUUUAUUGCGAACGACAUUUUGCGGAAUAUUUGGAAUCACUGGAUAUCACCUAUUUUGAUGUUGAGCAAGAAGCCUGCGAGGAAGUCAUACAACUUCUACGCGAUUUCAUUUAUACUAUUAAAAUACAUUGUCUUGUGGCCACAGAAUAUCCUUUAAAAUUAUCAGAGAAGGAAAAUGAUGAUGAAUCGCGUACUGAAACAGAAUUUCCGGUUCAACAUAUUCCAAUGAAUAUGAUUCUUCCCCGACUGUCAAAUCUCAGGGAGCUUGUUAUUAAUUUUGGAAUGAUUUACUUUAACGAUGGUUUCGAAUGGAAGGAUUUUCAAUUUUCAGUUGAGGAUUGCCGGAACUUGGGUCGUGGAAUCAAAGACUGUUUCUCUUUGAAGAAAUUUUCCCUGACAAAGAGUAAUUUGGACCAACCUCGUGUUGCAGCAUUACUUCAAGAAAUGACCGUGAAUAAUAGCGUGGAGGAAAUAGAUUUUUCACAUUGUAAAUUGGAAGACAAUGGUGCACAGGCCAUUGGUCUUUUUCUAACAAUGCACAAGCAUCUCAAAGUUUUACACUUGGCGAACAAUAAAAUUGGUCCUGUGGGUGUAGCAGGCAUUGUGUAUGGCUUACUUGAAGAACAUUCAGUGCCUCUGAAGCAUCUGAAUUUGCGUCUAAAUCCCCUACAGAAUGAAGGAGGAAUGCACAUUUGUUCCAUUUUACUCAAGCACGCUCGUCUGGAAGUAUUGAAUAUUAGUGGCUGUGGACUUGGCCCAGAAACGGGUAUCGGAAUGGCGGAAGUCAUUGCUUCAGGGCACAUGAAAUGCUCCAGCUUGGAACUUGAUGUGUCGAAUAAUGACUUUGGACCCAUUGCUGGCGUACGAUUCGACGAGAGCCUGAAAAUUUGUCCCCUUAUUGUUGCGUUCGAUUCACGUUUGUGCAACUUUAACUAUGAAACAUUGUUUUCGAUCAGCCAGACAGUUUUCAGAAAUAAGACUCAAAAGGGAAAACAUGAGGGAAAAAUGUUUUUAUCAACUGCUGCAAGUAGCAUUGGAAGUAUAUCGUCAUUAAUUUUAAAGGCAAAGAAUUUAUUGCCGUCAAAAUAUUAUCAUACAAGAGCGGAAUCAUCCUCAGGCAAUGAAGAUAAAAAUGAAGAAGAUGAAGAUUAUGAGGAAGAUGAAGAAGCUGAUGGAGAUAAUGGGGAAAGUGAAGAUGGUAAAAAUGAUGAGAAAAAUGAAGAUGAUGAUAAAAAUAAUGAGAAACAUGGAGAUGAUAAAAUUGGUGAUAAAAAUGGUGGUAAGAAUGAUGAUAAAAAUAAUUAUAAAAAUUAUGAGGAAAAUGAAGAAGAUGAAGACGAAAAUGAAGGAGAUGAAGAUAAAUAUGAAAAUGAAGCUUAUGAUAGCGAUUUUCAAAAAUCGAGUGUAAAAAGCAUAUUAUCCUAAUUUUUC